AUGAGCCGCCAGCAGCCACAGCAGCAGCCCCAGGUCCAGCCUUGCAGAUACAAGGUUGGAAAGACUCUGGGAGCUGGCUCAUACUCGGUCGUCAAGGAAUGCGUCCAUAUCGAUACCGGGCGCUACUAUGCCGCCAAGGUUAUCAAUAAGCGACUGAUGGCGGGGCGAGAACACAUGGUGCGAAAUGAAAUCGCCGUCCUGAAAAAGGUGUCCAUGGGCCACCAGAACAUCCUGACGCUGGUCGACUAUUUCGAGACAAUGAACAACCUCUACCUCGUCACAGACCUGGCUCUCGGAGGCGAACUGUUUGACCGCAUCUGCAGAAAGGGCUCAUACUACGAAUCCGAUGCGGCGGACCUGAUCCGGGCGACCCUUUCCGCCGUCGCAUACCUCCAUGACCAUGGCAUCGUCCACCGUGACUUGAAGCCCGAGAACCUGCUCUUCCGCACCCCCGAGGACAAUGCAGACCUGCUCAUCGCCGACUUUGGCCUGUCUCGCAUCAUGGACGAGGAGCAGUUUCAUGUACUCACCACGACCUGUGGUACUCCGGGCUACAUGGCUCCCGAGAUUUUUAAGAAGACGGGCCAUGGUAAGCCCGUUGACCUGUGGGCCAUCGGUGUCAUCACCUACUUCCUCCUCUGCGGCUACACUCCCUUCGACCGAGACUCCGACUUUGAGGAGAUGCAGGCCAUUCUCAAUGCUGACUACAGCUUCACUCCGGUCGAGUACUGGCGCGGUGUUUCCUCUGACGCAAAGGACUUUAUCCGACGCUGCCUCACCAUCGACCAGGACAAGCGCAUCACCGCCCACGAGGCCCUUCAGCACCCCUUUGUCGCCGGUCUCGCUCCUUCAGACGGCGCCGGCGAGAACUUGCUGCCCACGAUCAAGAAGAACUUCAACGCGCGGCGCACGCUCCACGCGGCCAUCGAUACUGUCCGCGCCAUCAACAAGCUGCGCGAGGCUCAAAAUCUCAUGAUGGACGGCGCUCGUUCCCAAGAGCCUACGCGCAACCGCGGCGCUGGCCCCAACGUCCCUGCUCCCGUCAACGGCGUUCGAAAAGAUGAUAGUGCCAUAUCCAUGGGCUCCAGCCAGGGCAAUGACAGCGAAUCCAGCGCAAACAGGCCAACCGACGAUGUAGUCAUGGGCAACACAACUCCUGCGUCUGACGUGCCUGCAGCACUACAACCAGGCAACAUGGCCAACCGUCUCGUACAAACAAGCAAGGGCCUCUGGAACCCCGAGGCUGCCAGGUAG